AUGUGUGACGACACCAAUGAUGACUGCCAGUGUGAAUAUGAAACUAUUAUGAGCUCAACAUCAUGCCAGUCAUGCACGACCUGGGCAAUGGGCCAGCCUAAGUUACUUGAGCCCCGUGGCGAUGUAACAGUGGAGCAAGCCGAAGCUAGCAUUGUUGAAAUGUAUGAAUCUGGUAUUCCCUUCUUUACAAAGCAGGCAAUUCAAGGGCUAUGGGACCGAAUUCAGAGCAAGACCACUUUGGGGGAUAAGAUUGUCACCAAAGACAUGACUGGCAACUCUCUCGAAUGGAAUGUGAAGCUCGGGAAAUCGAUUGAACUUACAACUACCGCGGAUCGGGAUGUUAGACAUGAAUACAUAUCUGCGGCCCAUCUCAAAGGAAAUUUGAGAUGCGGAGAGGUUGGGAAGGCAGCUUACGCUCCACUGCAAUUAAUGCAUCAACUAUUCCGGGUCGACAGUAGCAGCGAGAAUAAGGAAACUAUACCAGAUGACCCAAUUGGAGAACGGGAUGAUGUUGCUAGAGAUUUCCAAAAACUGGGAAAAUAUGAGACAUGCAAGAACCUAAAGUCAAUCUUGCGUUCAUUUGCCAGUGGCCAUCCCGCUGACAAAAUCAUCGGGUUCGCUUGCGGUAGUCUGGCUCUGCCAAACAACCACCAUGUUUCCGUCCAAACAGCAUUGCUUGUCACCGUGAAAAACUGGCUUAAGGAGCGAGUUGAUAACAGCGAUGUAUCAUCAUAUAUCCAAGAUCCGAUGAACACCUCUGUCGAUAAGGAGGUCCUUGCUGACUUUGACUUUGAAAUGAUCGAUGAUCCGCGCGGCUGGCUUGAAGUCGACGAGCGAUCCUUUGUACUUUCUGUUGCACCCAAUGUUCCUGUGAAAGAAAUCAUUGUGGACACCGCCAGACCUGCUAUUGCAUUUACAUCGGACAACGAUGAUUUCCAGAAGGUCGUUGUCUACAUUCGAAAGUCCGAGACUCCUCCAACUCCUAACCCGGACGGCACAUUCUUCACUCCCAAAGGCGACAAAUAG